CGCCGCAUCGUACACUAAGCUAAGCGAGAUUGUGCCUUGAACCAUUUCCAAGAUAGAUAUAAGUCACACGGGGUCUCACACGUAUACCUACUCUACUACAUCUCUGGAGUCGUCGAAGUCGUCAUCGCAGCAGGAUUAGAAAGUGCAUCCUGAUCAAAUUUUCUGCUGCUAUUUAAGCACUUCUUAGGUAUUAGUAUUCCAAAUAAGGCCAUUUUCUUUGGAACACUGUUUUAAGAUAAGAUCAUCCCAUCCGAUAGUAGGUGAAUAACAUUGAAUUCGGGAACGAAACAAACCACUACCUACUAUUAGGUAGAUGGAGGUGAAUGUUUCAUUUUACAGCAACAAGUUAUCAAAUGUACUUAGUGACGUAACGAGUCGUACUUAUAUGCAACACAACGAUAACUCGCAGAUCAUAACACAAAACCAUCGUGUAAGUUUCUCAAGAAGUAGUGGUUGGUGGUCAGCAAUAAUAAGAGGUGAUUUAAAGUGAAGCCGACUGAUUGUUUGAAAUUGUUUUGAACAUUUGAGCCAUUCGAGAGCCAAAAGUUAUCCCGUUGACAACACAGAAACUGAUUUUCACCGCAAUGGCUUGCCCACUGCUCAGCGUCGUCGUUUUCCUAACCGUGCUGGCACUUCAGCUGCUGGCCUAUUGCAAAGCGGCCUUAAUCUCCGACCCAUCUGCAUCGUCAUCCGCCAUUGGCCGGCUCAAGGAUGAUGACCCCUUUCAGUGGACCGCUCACUACGAUCCGGUUUCGCUGCAGAUGCACAUGAACAGCGUCCGCAAUAUAAGCCUUCGCCUGGAGGGUUUCACUAUCGAGGACCUGCAGGAUAAUCCGGACAUUCAACUGAAAAGCGAACGCAGUCACGUGGCAACGGUGCUGCAGGGUAGCAUCCCGAUCGCCGAAAUAAAGACGAAUGGGAUCUACGAGGGCGGGUUCAACAUUACCGGAUCGUUCCUGGGGUCCACCAAUCUGUACGUGGAAGUCAGACGGAAGGACAACCUGACGGUAGCGUCGAAGGAGAAACUUCCGGUGACGGUGAUGCGCGAGGAACGAGUCAUCGAUAAGGUGUUCACAGCUUCGGUUGCCAUUUUGGUGUCGAUCCUGUACAUAAACUUUGGUGCCGCUUUGGACAUUCCUACACUGCUGGCAAUUGCCAGGAGGCCAAUUGGACCGGUGAUUGGAUUUUUGGCACAGUUUCUGUUCAUGCCACUGUUGAGCUACGGAUUGGGCCAUUUGCUGUUUCCCGACAGUUACGAAUUGCAGCUGGGGCUCUUCUUCACGGGAGUUUCACCCGCUGGUGGCGCCUCGAAUAUCUGGACGGUUGUGCUGGGAGGAAAUUUGAAUCUCUCAUUGGCCAUGACUACCAUCAGCACGAUUGCCGCGUUCGGAAUGAUGCCACUGUGGCUGUUCACCCUGGGUACAACCAUCUUCAGCAAAGGAAACCUGAAAGUUCCUUAUCGUAACAUCGCCACCUUUGCCAUCGGUCUGGUUGUACCUCUCGGAAUUGGACUGCUCAUACAGCGAUACAGUCCCCGGACCGCUCGCCUCUUGGUACGCAUAUUGAAACCCAUGGCAGCCAUUCUUAUCCUGUUCAUCGUCAUCUUUGCCAUCGUAACGAACCUCUACCUGUUCGAACUCUUUUCGUGGCAAAUCAUCGUAGCCGGAUUGGGUCUACCGUGGAUCGGUUACAUCUUCGGAUACAUCGCCAGCAAGGCCGCUCGCUUACCCACAACUGAUGCCCUGGCCAUUUCGGUUGAAACGGGCAUUCAGAACACCGGAAUUGCCAUCUUUCUGUUGCGAUUCUCACUCCCCCAGCCGGAAGCGGAUCUGACAACGGUCGUCCCGGUAUCGGCUGCCAUCAUGACACCGUUCCCGCUGAUGGCUCUCUAUUUGGUGAUGAAGAUUCGCGAAAGACAAUCUUCCCAAUCCAUGUCACGUCUCUUUCCAGGUGUUCGAUACGCAAGCAUGAACUGAUUCCAAAAGGUCAAAGUCGUCAAGCACUGGCAGCCACCGAGGAUGAAACUCCCUGAUUGUUGAUUAUGCUUACUGUUAUUGCCUAUAAAUGUAUUAGCAUGUGUACCAACAGUGAACAAA